AUGUCGAGUAUCGACAGCGAACACGAUGCUGCAACUCUCCACCCGGACGCGCCUGCGAGCUCGGAUCCUCGACCCAUUACCGUCGCAGUCAACCCAGUCGCGCUGGUAGUCACAGAAUGUAUCACAGUCACAUCUGCUAUGCGGAAGCAUGCCCGCUGGGCGCACUCCUCCGUCUCAGCUAUCUUGGGUGGCUCUUCGAACAAGACCCCUGCUGUCCAACGGCGGGACCGAACAGGACAGGGGAUAAUCACCGGCGGAGAGCAAGAGGAAGCCGUACCUAGCAGAUGGGGGCUACGGGGAAAGAAGGGCAAGAGCAUGCAGGACAACCCUCUCAUGUCUGCAUUCGCAAGGUUGAGAAAUGAUCUGAAGGGCUGUAAAGACAUCAGGACCUUCGACACACCCUCGAUGCUGCAUCCCUUCCUCCAGGUCAUUCGCUCCUCUUCUACGUCUGCACCCAUCACCUCGCUCGCCCUCAUCGCCAUCACCAAAUUUCUCUCGUACGGCGUCAUCGGUCAUGACUCCCCUCGCCUUCCCGAAGCUAUGCAGCAGCUUUCGUCCGCCAUCACACAUUGUCGUUUCGAAGCAAGUGAUUCGGCCGCCGACGAAAUAGUGUUGCUUCGUAUCUUGAAGCUUAUGGAGGGCAUGAUAUCUGGACCUGGUGGACAGGUCCUGGGCGACGAGAGCGUCUGCGAAAUGAUGGAAACUGGACUAAGCAUGUGCUGUCAGGCAAGACUUUCCGAGUUGCUUCGCCGGUCUGCUGAGAUUGCCAUGGUCUCCAUGUGCCAAGUCAUAUUCCGGAGAUUGAAGACGCUGGAAAUCGAAACGCCAGACGAACUGGAUGCGCUGGACGAGGAGUUGGAAGGAAAGAUGGAAUCAGAUGGGUUGAAGAUGGAUCCUUCUAUGAACGGCCAGGGCGAGGUCGCGCAGUCGAAAGUGGAGUCGCCCCAGCAGCCCAGCAGUUUGGAGAAAGGCCAUGAGGACCACGAAGACGCCAAUCCAGCGAGCAGUACGCUCGAUCUUCCUGCAACAGCCGAGGGUGAACAGCCACCUGCUGAGAUACGCCCAUACUCGUUGCCAUCCAUACGGGAGCUGUUCAGGGUGCUUGUGGAUCUGCUGGACCCGCAUGACCGUCAGCACACUGAUACUAUGCGCGUUAUGGCACUACGUAUUGUAGACGUUGCACUCGAAGUUGCCGGACCCUCGAUAGCGAGCCAUCCAAGUCUCGCGAAUCUGGCGAAGGAUACGCUCUGUCGACACCUUUUCCAGCUCGUGAGGUCAGAUAACAUGGCCGUCCUCAAUGAGUCAUUGCGUGUAGCAGGAACACUGCUUGCAACGUGCAGAAACGUGCUCAAGCUACAACAAGAGCUUUAUCUCUCCUAUGUGGUUGCGUGCCUUUUCCCGCGGGUCGAGAUACCCCAGGAGCCUGGCAUCGACCAGUCCUUAUACGAAGGUGUGCCGCAAGCCCCGAGUCUCAUCAAGCCGCCACCACAACAUGUUCCCAGCAGUGGUCGAUCCACGCCAGUGCCAGUCAAGGAUAGACAAAAGCUCGGGCUGGAGGGCGGCGCUCGAAAGCCUGAUGCUAGGGAAGCUAUGGUCGAGAAUCUUGGUGGCCUUGUCCGGAUACCCUCGUUUAUGGCUGAGCUGUUCGUCAACUAUGACUGCGAGAUCGACCGCGGCGAUGUCUGUAUGGAUAUCGUUGGCCUGCUCUCACGCAACGCGUUUCCUGAUUCGGCGACAUGGAGCACAGUCAACGUGCCUCCACUAUGUUUGGAUGCUUUGUUAGGCUUCGUGCAGUCCAUAGCGGAUCGCUUAGACGAUGAGCCUGUAACAGAGGGGCUGCCAAGUGCCGAAGCACUGCGUGAGCAAAGGUUGCGAAAGAAGAUCAUUAUUCGCGGAGCGACCAAGUUCAAUGAGAAGCCAAAGGCUGGUAUUGCGUUCCUGGUAUCACAAGGUAUCAUCUCUGAUCCGGACGAUCCGAACGCAAUCGCCGAGUUUGUCAAGGGCACAACCCGAGUUGACAAGAAGGUGCUAGGAGAAUUUCUCUCCAAGCGUGACAACGAACCUAUACUAAAAGCCUUUAUGAAGCUCUUCGACUUCCGGGGUCUACGCCUUGAUGAAGCAUUGAGACUGCUUCUGCAUACUUUCCGCCUCCCUGGUGAGUCGGCUCUCAUCGAGAGGAUCAUCACAGACUUCUCCGAGGAGUACUACAACGCGGCGCAGCCGGAGGAGAUCGCCAAUAAGGAUGCCAUCUUUGUGCUUACAUACGCUGUCAUCAUGCUAAACACUGAUCAGCACAACCCUAAUCUCAAGGGUGACAAGCGAAUGAAGGUCGAAGACUUCGCAAAGAAUCUUCGUGGCGUCAACGACGGGAAAAAUUUCGACCCUGAAUAUCUGCAAGCCAUCUACGACUCGAUCAAGACGCGUGAAAUCAUUCUUCCUGAGGAGCACAACGACAGAAACGCUUACGACCACGCUUGGAAGGAGUUACUGGUCAAGGUCCAAUCGACCUCAAACAUGAUCAUCUGCGACACCAACAUCUUCGACGCCGACAUGUUUGCAGCAACGUGGAAGCCUAUUGUGGCGACCUUAUCCUACGUUUUCAUGUCUGCAACAGACGAUGCCGUCUUCUCACGUGUCGUCCUUGGCUUUGACCAAUGCGCGCAGAUAGCAGCGAAGCAUGGACUGAGCGAUGCACUUGAUCGCAUUAUCUCCAGUCUCUCGUACAUUAGCACAUUAGCCCCUGACGUGCCACCAAGCACAUCACUUAACACUGAGGUUCAGGCUGACAAGAAGAGUGUGAUGGUCAGUGAGACUGCCGUGCGCUUUGGUCGGGAUGGCAGAGCACAACUGGCGACUGUUGUCUUAUUCCAAGUCAUCAAGGGCAACGAGACGGGUAUUCGAGACGGAUGGAACCACCUCAUCCGUAUCAUGGUGAACCUCUUCAUCAACUCGCUGAUCCCACCCUACUUCCUUUCUUUCCAAAAGACUCUCGCCUUACCUCCCAUACCGCUUCAGAACCCUGCACAGGUCAUCGAUCGAGCCGAACGUCCGGCUGACGCAGGUAUAUUUUCCGCUUUCACUUCAUACGUGUCAAGCUUUGCCAAUGAUGAGCCUCCUGAACCUUCAGAUCAGGAGAUUGAGUAUACGCUCUGCACUGUAGACACGGUCAAAGAGUGUCACUUUGAAGACAUCCUCGCCAACAUCAGUCAGCUGCCUGUAGAGGCGUUACGAUCGCUCCUCGAGUCCCUACUCGAGCACCUACCUGAGGAUGGUGAGCCAAGGGUGAUUGUAGUCAAGCCGGAGGUUCCUGGACAAGCUGUACGGCCGAACGGCAACAAGGCCAAGGGUAAAGGUCCGCUUUAUGACCCUAGUCUUGUCUUCGUGCUUGAACUGGCCACAGUGCUCGCACAGCGCGAUGAAGAGACCGUCAGAGAGCUUGCAAAGGAUGUCACAGACGCUUUAUCGAGCGUGAUCCGUGAUGCGUCAAAGCAUCAUCCCAUUGUGAUAGCACGGUCGGUUUACUACCUCCUCGGACUGCUCAAGGCGAGCAACGACUAUGACUUCAUCCGCGCGCCCGUGCUUCUUCAUACAUUUUCUAGUUUCGACGAAGCUCUACUCAAGGCGUGCUCCCAGCCACUUCUACACGGCUUGUCAGAGUGCUGCAAAGGCCCAGUGGCUCUGCGCAGCGAACUAGCAGGCUCACCAGACUUCUGGACUAUCCUGAGCCGUCUCUGCGGUGUUCCGGAAGCAGCAGGUGACGUCUUUCAGCUCGUUGAAGACCUAACUACCUCGCCGCAACCCUGCAUCACUGCAGACAAUUACGAAGCUACUAUUGGACUGCUUAACGAGUUCGCUACGCAAGCGCAGGUUGGGGCCCGCGAAGAGCAGCUGCACGACCAAGCUGCUCGACGCGGCAAGGGUCAGAAGCCCAAGAAACCAGAGAGCACCGAGGUUGUUGUUCGUGGCAGCAAAGCCAUGACCAUUGUGUUCCAGCUUUCGAGCCGAGUGCCGGCCUUCAUCGAGCAGUCACAUCUGGAAACCACCGAAGCAUGGACAGCGUACUGGUCCCCGAUCCUAAAGACGCUUGCCCACCAGUGCCUCAACCCCUGCCGCGAGAUUCGAUCCAAUGCCUUUGCAUCCAUUCAACGCACACUCCUUUCCUCCUCGCUUGCGUCUCCUGACCACAAGGAAUGGACUGCCAUCUUCUCCUCUGUGCUCAUGCCUCUCAUCACCCAGCUCCUGAAGCCCGAAGUCUACCAAUCCGAUCCGCUGGGGAUGGGUGAAACGCGCGUCCGCGCCGCAACUCUGCUCUCCAAGGUGUUUCUGCACUACUUGGUGCUGUUGAGCGAAGUUGAGGCGGACAAAGAGUUCUUGGACCUGUGGCUCAAGAUCAUCACGAUCAUGGACCGUCUGGUGAACAGCGGGCAGGGCGAUAUGGAGGAGGCAGUUUGUGAGAACCUGAAGAACAUGCUGUUGGUGUUGAGCAACGGCGGCUAUCUUGUGCCGCCAGAUGAGGAGCCCGAGAAAGAACAGUUGUGGAACGAGACAUGGAAGAGAAUCAACAGAUUCCAGCCCGAGCUGUUCAAGGAGCUUUUCCCAGAGGAGGUUGGCAAGCCUAAGCGGUCAAAAGAGGAGCGCAGGUCCAGGGAUGAGAGGCCAAAAGAGGAGCCUGUGAGCGCUGAGAAGGCGGAUGGUAGUGGGGAAGUGGAGGCUUACGGCGAGACGAAAGAAGUAGUUAUCGGGGAAGGGAAGAAGGAGGAGGAUGUUGAGAAGGAGAGUUAG